CAUAAAUAUAGCUUGUUAUUUCGCUGUACCUGGCUCGAAUAUGUAUCGCGGUCUUCUUUCCAUUUGGCUGCUCGCUGUCAGUGCAAGCGUGCAUGCACAGGAAGGCGAAAACAUAUGCGACUUUGGACUGCCGGGAUGGUUUUGUCCCGAUGGCAACAGCUGUAUAUGGUGUGGGGAUCGUCCAGUUACAUGCGAGGACAUGUUUGGCCUUCCUGGCACCAGUGUAAUAUAUCCAAACACGACAUCCGACCCACAAACUGCUGUGGGCAUUGAACAGGUCGAGGUGGAGAUAACGUACUUAGAGAGUGACACUGAGGCUAUUGGAAUUGACGCAUACACCACUACACCAACUGUUCCGGUGGCGUGGCUGGUAUGCCAGAUUGGGCCUGGUCUUGAAAGUUUGCCUUACAAAACGUAA